AUGUUUUUCAGCGGCGAUCCCUCUAAUCGCAAACGAGUGGAUUUAGGUGGGAGAAGUUCGAAGGAAAGGGACAGAAAGAAUCUUCUUGAACAAACGCGAUUGGAACGGAAUCGACGGUUGUGGUUGCGUCAGCAGAACUCUGCUGCACUCAGGAUUCAGAAAUGCUUCAGAGGGAAAAGAGUUUUCAGAGCAGAACAGUCUAAGUUGCGACAGAAAUUCCUUAAAACCUAUGGGAAGAACUUACUUAAUGUUGACAGGAAAGCGUUUGGUCCAGAUUCUGAUUUUCUUCGCCAGUUCCUCUAUUUCUUUAAUGCAGAAAACCAUGAUGAUUUUUUAGUUCUUGUGCAAAUUGGCCGAUUGCUUCUACAGUUUGUUCAAGAAAGUGGGGAUGCUGUGAGGCUUUUUGCUGGUGAGGAUUACUCAUCCAUAUGUGCUUUUGUGAACUACCGAGUGAAGAAACUUGCAUAUAAUUGUAUUCGUGCAGUACAUCAUAAUAGAAAUCAGUUGAAGGAUCAACUUUUAUGGACUCCGAAGGAGUCUAAUGCAGCAGCUAUUCCAUUAUUGGAAGUUUUAGUACUGUUGAUAGAUCUCAAGCUACCAUGGAGCUGUAAGAUAGUAGGAUAUCUAUCUCAAAACAAUGGAUUCAACCUACUUAGAGAAAUUGUUCUUACAGGAAAGAGUAAUGCAGAAAAAUGUAUAGGGUCGUCUUUGGAGCGUGUGCUUACAGGUGUAAUGUGUCACAUUGGUCAGAAACCAUGUAUUUGUUCAGACACUGAUCCAAGAUAUAGCUUCUCGUUGCAAAUCCUUACAAUUCCUUUCUUAUGGCAUGUUUUUCCAAACCUAAGACAGGUUUUUUCAAGACAAGGCAUGAGCCAACAUUACAUUCAUCAAAUGGCAACAUUUGUGCCAAAUUUGAUCAGUUUUCUACCUAAGGAUAUAUCAGAUGAAUUUCCUACCUAUGCCUGUCUUCUUGGAAAUAUAUUAGAAACUGGUGGAGUUGCCUUGUCUCAACCUGACUGUUCGUUCAAUAUGGCCAUAGACCUUGCAGCUGUUACUACAUUUUUACUGGAAGCGCACCCUUCUCUGACAAGAUCCGAUGGUAGAGAAAAUUCUAUGACUGCUGAGGAUGAUGUGACUGGCGAUGAUGAUGUCAUGGAAGUAGUUCUGGAUAGGAAAUUGGACCAACAAAUUUGUAAUUCCAUCGAUACCCGCUUCCUCCUGCAAUUGACAAAUAUAUUAUUUAGAGAUAUUUCAUCUGCCAAUGGAGCAGAUGAUAUGGAGGUUGCAGCUGUUGGUGCAGUUUGUGGGUUUUUAUAUGUUAUCUUCAAUACUUUGCCACUUGAAAGGAUUAUGACUGUGCUCGCCUACAGAACUGACCUUGUUCCCAUGCUUUGGAAAUUUAUGAAACGGUGCCAUGAGAACAAAAAAUGGUCAUCUUUCUCUGAGCAGUUAUCAUACCUCUCAGGGGAUGCCCCUGGUUGGCUGUUACCUCUUGCUGUAUUCUGUCCUGUCUACAAGCAUAUGCUUAUGAUAGUUGAUAAUGAGGAAUUUUAUGAGCAGGAGAAACCCCUAUCACAGAAGGAUAUCAGCAGCCUCAUCAUUCUGUUGAAGCAGGCUUUGUGGCAGCUACUGUGGCUAAAUCAUACCUCAUCUGCUAAUUCGGCUAGAUCUAUUCUGGUUAGGACAAGCAGUAAAAAGCUGUCUAUUGAAGCCGUUCAACAGAGGGUUAGCAUAGUCGUCUCUGAGCUCCUGUCCCAGCUCCAAGAUUGGAACAACAGACGCCAAUUUACAUCCCCCAGUGACUUCCAUGCUGAUGGGGUGAAUGACUUUUUUAUCUCUCAGGCUGUUAUAGAAAAUGCGCGAGCAAAUGAAAUUUUAAAGCAGGCCGCAUUCUUGAUACCAUUUACAAGCAGGGUUAAAAUUUUCACUUCUCAACUAGCUGCUGCUAGGCAAAGACAUGGAUCUCAGGCUGUAUUUACUAGAAACCGGUUCAGAAUAAGACGUGAUCAUAUUUUGGAAGAUGCUUAUAAUCAAAUGAGUCAGUUGUCAGAGGAUGAUCUCCGAGGACUGAUUCGUGUGACUUUUGUCAAUGAGUUUGGAGUUGAAGAAGCUGGAAUAGAUGGAGGUGGAAUAUUCAAGGAUUUCAUGGAGAACAUCACACGGGCUUCCUUUGAUGUGCAGUAUGGAUUAUUUAAGGAAACAGCGGAUCAUCUGCUUUAUCCAAAUCCUGGAUCUGGAAUGAUACAUGAGCAACAUCUCCAAUUUUUCCACUUUCUUGGUACUCUUCUUGCAAAGGCUAUGUUCGAAGGAAUUCUUGUUGAUUUACCAUUUGCUACGUUCUUUUUGAGCAAAUUGAAACAGAAGCACAACUAUUUGAAUGACUUGCCUUCUUUGGACCCUGAAUUAUAUCGUCAUCUUAUCUUUCUAAAGCGUUUUGAGGGUGACAUUUCGGAAUUGGAACUAUACUUUGUUAUUUUAAAUAAUGAAUAUGGAGAGCAAACAGAAGAGGAGCUGCUUCCAGGGGGAAAGAACUUGCGCGUCACAAAUGAGAAUGUCAUUACUUUUAUCCAUCUUGUAGCCAAUCAUCGUUUGAAUUCUCAGAUACGCCAACAAAGUUCUCAUUUCUUGAGAGGAUUUCAGCAACUUAUUCAGAAGGAUUGGAUUGAUAUGUUUAAUGAGCAUGAACUUCAGCUUCUGAUAUCAGGAUCACUUGACAGCUUGGACGUUGAUGAUUUGCGGCAGCACACGAAUUAUGCAGGAAGCUAUCAUAGUGAGCAUGAUGUGAUUGAGAUGUUCUGGGAAGUACUCAAAGGCUUUUCAAUGGAAAAUCAGAAGAAAUUCUUAAAGUUUGUGACAGGUUGCUCGCGGGGACCGUUGCUUGGAUUCCGAUAUCUUGAGCCUUUGUUCUGCAUACAAAGGGCUGGUGGUAAUGCUUCUGAAGAUGCUCUGGAAAGAUUACCAACAGCAGCUACCUGUAUGAAUCUGUUAAAACUUCCACCAUAUAGAAGCAAGGAUCAACUCGAAUCCAAAUUACUGUAUGCCAUAAGUGCUGAUGCUGGCUUUGAUUUGAGUUAA